UUUCAGCGCUUGCAGUACAGGCAGUACUUGCUGGCUUGCAACUUUCUCUCUCGCUCUAGAGCUCUAUCUCUCUCUCUUUCCCCUCCCUUAGGAUACUUUGUUUGACGGGGCAGCGGUGAAGUCAGAGUGAUGUCAUUAUAAGGAUGCGGUGCCUUGCAAGGUGAGAUAGGCUUUUUGGUGAGUGGUAGGGUAUCCUCCACGGCCAGCGUUGCCCAGCGAGAGAGGCGCGGAGCUGCAAAACAUGGUCAUCACCACCACCACCCGCACCACCACAAGUUCUGUCGCGCUCUCUCCUUUUUCUACUCCUCUGAUCGCGGGCUACCGUUUCAUGCCCGAAGCCCUGAUCUGCCUUCCUAAAAUAAGCCUCCACCACCAUGCCGAAGGAAGAAAAACAAGAAGAGUGGUAUUUUUAGGGCCAUUAAUUUUGACCACGUGCCCCGAAGGUAAACCGGAUGGCCAUUGCGCAAAGGCUCCUCAUCAGUAUGUCCUACGAGGCCAGCACGCACUGGACGUUGACUGCGAUUGUUCUUCUAGGAUUCCUAGUUGGGAUUGUCUCGUCGUAUCCGAUUCCGAGCAGGACUAAUGCAACUUUAUUGGAGAAACGAUGGGAGACUCUAUUCUCCCGCUCCAUUCUGGGUAUCUCGGGAGAGAAAUCGGACAUGAACUGGGAGACUGACUAUUGGAUGGGCAUCAAGAGGGAACGGAGGCUGUACUGCAACGUGGGCAUCGGAUUUCACCUUCAGAUCCUCCCAGACGGCAGUAUAAACGGUGUACAUAAUGAAAACCAGUACAGUCUAAUAGAGAUCUCUACCGUGGAGCGAGGAGUGGUUAGCCUGUAUGGCGUGAAAAGUGAGCUGUUUUUCGCAAUGAAUAGCAAAGGAAGGUUAUACGGAACGCCUGUCUUUCGAAACGAGUGCAAGUUCAACGAGAUCUUGCUGCCAAACAACUACAAUGCCUACGAGUCGUCUGUUUACAAGGGCUUCUACAUUGCCCUCAGUAAGCAUGGCCGUGUGAAACGGGGCAACCGAGCCACCACCGCCAUGACCGUCACCCACUUCCUCCCCCGAAUAUGAGACGAGACGGACAUUAACGACAAGCUUUUUUUGCAAUAACUCACUGAUUUUGCACAUGUGGAUGUUUUCUCUCCCAGGUAAUAGCUGCAUACCAUACUGGCAUAUUAUUACACACAUUACACACGUACACAAAAAGACAUGGAAAUCAUGAAUGGACUGGAAGCAAAACACACAGAAAACACUAUAAUUAUUGGUAUUUAUUCUCUCUUUAUAUAUGUAUAUUUGGAUAGCUAACUUUGUAUUAGAAGAAGAAAAAGAUUAUGUAUAUGCCAUCCUUUGCUGCUUUGUUUUUUUCUCUCUCUCAUUUAUUUUGUAACUGUUAUUAUUGAUUAUGGAUUGGUUCUUUGAGGUUUUGCCAGCCUCGUUGACUUCACUUCACUCGGGUGCUUGUCAUAACUGUCAGAGUUGGAGACUUUACCCUUGACAUUGAGACGACUGAUGUUCCCCCCUCAGCUUUUAAGAAGUGAAGUGAUACUUUUUAUUACCUCAAAAAAAUAGAAAAGCUUAAAAAAAGAAGCCACACGUCCCAGAUAAAGAGGAUGCAUGAUGCUGUUUAUAUUUAUUCAUUUUUAUUUUCGCAGAUAAAGGAAUGCCUGUUUUUAGUUUUUUGUUUGUUUGUUUAUUUCCUGGUUGUCUAAACCUGCAGGGUGUUGGUGGUGAUAUGGGUAGGGGGUGGUUAGGUAUUUGGUGGUGUUGGAAAAGCGUUCGAUGGCGGCUUUGACACCACCCCACCCC